AUGGAAUCUGCAGACCAAGCUAUACAUUCGCUGUUCUCGGGCACUGCUUCAGAGUUGCAUUUACUCACAGCUGUCGAGCUUAUAAACAACACUUCAACAAACAUCGAUACAAAUAAUGUGGAAUCUAUUGAACUAGCAAAGCAAGCUUUAAAGUUUCUAAGGACUAAAGCAGCCAAAGGCGACGUUGAAGCUAAAAUCAAACUUAGCACAAUCUUGGAUCGACGAGAUCUACAUAUCAUCAAAAGAGAUACAGAAGAAGCUACCUUAUGGGCCCGCAGUGUGUUUGAUCGAAGAUUAUCGUCAUCCUUGGCGCCAUGUGUAUCAGAAUUGAUUGCUUUGACAGAACAGAAGGGUGAUAAAACUCUCGUUGAGCGCCUUAUUCAACGAACCGAUCAAAUUCAAGCACAACAAGAGGAUCCACAGCUCAAGAAGAAAAAGAAACUGACGCGGUCAAUGUGCUAUUUGGUUGGCAUCCUGUAUAUUGACGGCACUGGUGUUGACCAAGACGUUCCUCGUGGCAUCAGCUAUCUUACAAAAGCUUCUGAAAUUGGCCAUCAAGGUGCCGGAAUAGAGUUGGCAAAAAUAUUGAGCGAUCCCUACAAGUAUCCCAAGCAAUAUGACAUUCAAAAGAGCUUGGAAAUUUACGAAGCAGUUGCUGAACGAAAAAGUGGCACAGAUGCCCGGGCGCUCACUGAUCUGGCUCGUGUGUAUUAUGAAGGAAGUGAAACCAUCCCUCGCAACAUUGAAAAAGCGUACAAAUAUGCACGACGCAUUGCAGAGAGUAUUGGUGAACAGUAUUGUCAGUUUAUCGUGGGUGAUGUUCUUUUGCACCCACCAAAAAACUCGGACAUGAAGCAAGACGUACAGCAGGCUGUAUUUUGGUUGAAUCAGUCUGGUGCACAAGGCUUCCCUUUAGCGAUUGAAACACUAUCAAAAAUGUAUUUCGAAGGCAAAGUGAAAGGGAUCAAAAAGGACUAUGAACAAGCACGUCAAUGGUGUUUAAUGGGUGACGAUAUAUGGCCAUCAGGUUUAGGGUAUUGUCAAACAUGCUUGGGUGAUAUGUAUCGUCAAGGAUUAGGUGUGCCAAAAGAUUUGGUAAAGUCAUUUGAAUACUAUCAGAAGGCGGCUAGUCAACAAGAUGCACCACAAAACUAUGCACGGUACAUGCUGGGAGAAAUGUUUUUUAAAGGGGAUGGAUGGGAUCACAAUUAUGCACUUGCUGCUGAUUAUUAUAAAAUGGCCGCCAAGGAAAAUUAUGAACCUGCAGUGAAGCGUUUGGCAGAGCUUGAUGCUAUUAAAGAGGAAAACAAGAGAUCCAUUGAGAAAGCAGCUGCGAAAAGAGGGCCCUGGAAGAUCUGGUCCAUGUUUGGAAGCAAAAAAAAGACUGUGGUCUAA